AUGGAGUUAGAAUACGCGGCCACUGGCAACACCGCGGCACUCCGUGCGUGGCUUCAACAACACCCGCACCGCGUCAAUCUCCCCGUUGGCCCCUCGCAAUAUACAUUACUGCACACCGCCGUCCAAAAACGGCAUCUCGACACGGUCCGCAUGCUAAUAAAUGAAUUCUACGCAGAUCCCUCUAUUCCCUGCGGUGGACUCGGCGAUACGGCCUUACAUGAAGCCGCCAGUAGUAACGAUACGGCUAUUCUCGCUCUUCUCCUCAGCCGCCGUCCAUCACUGCGGGCGAAUACAUUAUUGCAAACACCAACAGAUGUGGCCAGAGAGGCCUGCCGCAGUAUGCUUCGCAGUUAUGAACAACAACAACAACAACAGAUACAAAUUCAAUUGCAAACACAGGAACAACAGAGAUUACAACAACUUCAACAGCAAUUACAACAAUUACAACAGCAACAACAACAAGACCAACGGAGAGAUGUUGGGAAUAGAAAUGGAGGUGAUGGACUGUGGACGAGUGGGUCUCCAAGACGAACACCCCCACCACCGCCAAUAACAGCAGGAACCUUUACGCAAAUGCCACAAGUAUUGGCAGAGACAUUACGGGAAGCUAUUAAUGAUUUACGUAUUCAUAGUGAUGAUGAUAGUAGUAGUCUUCACCAACGUAUUUCUUCCGCCUCUGCCUCUCAAGUCGCCGCAAUGGAUGGAAAUAUUCCACAAAUGUUAACAACAACAACAACAACAACACCAUCAUCAUUACUACUACAACAACAACAACAGCGAACUACAAUGGUAUCACAGAAUACAGGCACAAGUGUUAUGCAUGAGAAUAAUGUAAGAAGUAAUGGUGUAAUGUCUAAUCCUACAAGUGCUGCUCAUUUACGUAAUACACAUAGACUUGGCUCAGAUUCUAUUCUUCCAUUAGAUCUUCAUGCAUUUCGUCGUGUGUAUGGAAAUGGAUUUGAAUUUUUUGAGAGUAAUGAUGCCUAUCAAGUACGUGGAGUUUUGCCGUAUACGUAUAAGAAUGGAGUUUACUAUACGCCAGUUAUUCUCUUUGUGAAAAAACGCCUUAGUAGUAGCAAUAGCACUAAUAAUAAUAAUAAUAAUAAUAAUAAUAAUAAUAAUAAUAAUAAUGGUAUGAAUAACAGUGGAAAAAAAUUACCCUAUCGUGCUCUUAUUGACCGUGAUAAUCUUGGAGAUCUUCUUAUUAGUCGUCGAGCAACUUAUAUAGAUAGCUGUUCUGGUGCUAUUAUUCCAUCUCUAGUAGAUAUGUAUUAUCAUACAUUGGUAGAGUUUGUUCAGAAUGUUGUGAUUGCGAACUUUGAACGUAUUCCUCCACUGACAGCUUCUAUUAAUAGUCGAAUAGGCAUACGAUAUGAUGUCCCUCUUUUCACACUAUAUCCUGAUGAACAUAAUCUCACAUUACGAAUUCUUCGUGAUCUCUCAUCUUUUUGCGAUGAUGCUUUUCAAUAUAAUAGUUCCACUCGUACAGUGACGGGAGCUCUUCCAAUUUUUACAGUGAUUAAACGUGUGGGAACUGUGAUGAAUAGUACAACAAGAAAUAGUCAACCACUUUCACCGAGAUUGAGAGAUGGAUCAUCCUUGGCGAAUAACAAUAAUAAUAAUAAUAAUAAUAAUAAUAAUAAUAAUAAUAAUAAUAAUGAUAAUACUAGUGUAUUAGUAGGCGAAUUGCUUUUGAAAUUACCCAUCACUUUGGAAUUUUCACAACAGCAUAACUUUGAUGAUCCACCACGUGUGUAUUUAACCAAUUGUACAACGAGUACACCAGAAACACAGCAAAACUAUAAUUUUCUUUCUAGUAUUAUUAUCAAUAGUUCAACAGGUGAAGUUCACCGUAGUUCACUGAAUUCACUAGGAAAUUGGAAAGAACAUGGUUCACUUGUUAAUGUAUUAUUAGAACUACAACGAACUGUCACUACACUUUUAAUGAAAUAUAUUAAAUCCAUAACGGCUCUUAUUUCCAACACUUCCACACCUUUGGAUACACCAUCUUUACAAAAAAACAGAAUCAUCACUGCUAAUGCUUCUCCUCCUGUAAUGACUACUACUACUACUACUACUACUACUGGAAUUAAUAUUAAUAGUAAUAUUAAUAGUAAUAAUAAUAAUAAUAGUGGGGGAGUAGGAGGAAUAAAUAUAGGGAGAAGAGAAACUCCGGGAAGUCUCUCGAAUGAAUGUGAAUCCGAUGGAGAUUGGCUGCUCAUCCCUCCAUCGUUUGGAAGUACUCCACACGGCACCACAACACCCACACAAGUAAAUGUUGGUAUUGGUGGAAUUGGAUCUUCUUCUUCUCCUCUUCCCUUUUCUCCUUUUCUUUCUUCUUCUUCUCCUCCUCUUUUUUAUUCUUCUUCUUCAUCAUCUUAUUCUUCUAAGUGUGUGAUUUGUAUGGAGGCGGAAAAGAAUUUUUUAUUACUUCCUUGUCGACAUCUUGUCUUGUGUCGAUCGUGUAGUCGACGUUAUUUAGAUCGGUUGGCGGAUAAAAUGAUGUGUCCAAUAUGCCGUGCAACUGUUCAGAAUGUGCUAGAGGUCUUUGUUUAA